GUUCCCUCGACUCGAGCCCAUACUUGCGUCUUGCACUCUCUUACGCGGCUCCACCCGUCCGAGGCUAGAACAACGUAUCUGUCACGAUCAGGCAUUAACAUCUGGCACGCGCAGAUCCGACGUUGGAUUAGUCAUCAUGGCGCAUGCUGACGUGGACCAGGUAGACUACGGCGCGGACGACGAUGACCUCGAUCUCGCCAUGGAGGAGGACGACGCGGGGGCCGCUCCGGUCGCCGCUGCGCCGCCUGCUCCUAAACUAAGAUCUACGAUUGCGGGCGGAACAGCGGCCGCGGCAGCGGCGGCAUCAGCGGCGGCGGCGGAGGCGCGGCGGACGAAGGGGCGCGGGUUCCGCGAGGCCAUGGACGUGAAGCAGGAGGGCGGCGACCGCGUGGGGGGGCGCGGGUUCGAGUCGCUCGACGCCUCUGGCGGACCGGGCCCCCAGAGAUCUGUGGAGGGGUGGAUUGUGCUUGUAACGGGGGUGCACGAGGAGGCGCAGGAGGACGACGUGCAUGAGAUGUUUGCGGAGUUCGGGGAGAUCAAGAACCUCCAUCUCAACCUAGAUCGCCGCACAGGCUUCGUCAAGGGAUAUGCGCUGGUGGAGUACGAGAGCAGGCAGGAGGCAGCAGCAGCCAUUGAGAACCUCAACGGAGCGGAGCUGCUCACUCAACCGGUUGCUGUGAACUGGGCCUUCACCACAGGGCCACGGGGGAAACAGGGGGGAAGAAGGGAUAGGAGAAGCAAGCCACGAUAUUGACGACUACAAAUACUGAUAAUUUUGGAUUGUUAGCUACAUAGUUCUGCCUGCAAUUUCCUUGAUCCUGCUUGUGUACUAGGAGGAUUGUGCUUGUUUUGGAUGAGUGGGAUUAUAGAUUGUCUUUCUUGUCAAGGUAUAAGAGUUGGUGAAUUUCAUGUACAU